CAGGAGGCUCUGCCGGCAGCGGUUACCCAGGGUUUCCGGUGUGAGACCAGAGCGGGCGAAGCCGUCUGCACGUCGACUGUGAGGACCUGCUGCUAACCUAGCAUUGCAAACCACAAUGAAGAACCAAGACAAAAAGAAUGGGGCUGCCAAGCAAUCAGGCAACACUUCCAACCCAAAAAGCCACCCGGGGCAACCGGAAGCAGGACCAGAGGGAAGCCAGGGACGGCCCACCCAGGCUGCUCCUGCUGCCACAACAGAAGCUGAAGGCUCCUCCAGCCAGGUUCCUGGGAAGACAGAGGGAGUGCAAGCCAAGACUGCUCAGGCCGGAGCCCUCCGUGAUGUCUCUGAGGAACUGAGCCGCCAGUUGGAAGACAUCCUGAGUACAUAUUGCCUGGACAACAAUCAGGGGAGCCCAGGUGAGGAUGGAGCACAGGGGGAACCUACUGAACCUGAAGAUGCAGAGAAGUCCCGGACCUAUGCCUCAAGGAAUGGGGAGCCUGAGCCAGAGACCCCAGUGGUCAAUGGUGAGAAGGAGACUUCCAAAGGGGACCCUGGCACAGACGAGAUCCGAGCAAGUGAUGAGGUUGGAGACCGAGACCACCGAAGGCCACAGGAGAAGAAGAAAGCCAAGGGUCUGGGAAAGGAGAUCACGUUGCUGAUGCAGACAUUGAACACGCUGAGCACUCCAGAGGAGAAGCUGGCAGCUCUGUGCAAGAAGUAUGCUGAACUGCUGGAGGAACACCGGAACUCACAGAAACAGAUGAAGCUCUUGCAGAAGAAGCAAAGCCAGCUGGCGCAGGAGAAGGACCACCUGCGGGGUGAGCACAGCAAGGCUGUCCUGGCACGCAGCAAGCUGGAGAGCCUGUGCCGAGAGCUGCAGCGCCACAACCGCUCCCUCAAGGAAGAAGGUGUGCAACGGGCCCGGGAGGAGGAGGAGAAACGCAAGGAGGUGACCUCGCACUUCCAGGUGACACUGAACGACAUCCAGCUGCAGAUGGAGCAGCACAACGAGCGCAAUUCCAAGCUCCGCCAGGAGAACAUGGAGCUGGCUGAGAGGCUCAAGAAACUGAUCGAGCAGUAUGAGCUGCGGGAGGAGCAUAUCGACAAAGUCUUCAAACACAAAGACCUGCAGCAGCAGCUGGUGGAUGCCAAGCUCCAGCAGGCCCAGGAAAUGCUGAAGGAGGCAGAGGAGAGGCACCAGCGGGAGAAGGAUUUUCUUCUCAAAGAGGCAGUGGAGUCCCAGAGGAUGUGUGAGCUGAUGAAGCAGCAGGAGACCCAUCUGAAGCAGCAGCUUGCCCUUUACACAGAGAAGUUUGAGGAGUUCCAGAACACUCUUUCCAAAAGCAGUGAGGUGUUCACUACAUUCAAGCAGGAGAUGGAAAAGAUGACUAAGAAAAUCAAGAAGCUGGAAAAAGAAACCACCAUGUACCGGUCCCGGUGGGAAAGCAGCAACAAGGCCCUAUUGGAGAUGGCCGAGGAGAAAACUCUCCGGGAUAAAGAGCUGGAAGGCCUGCAGGUGAAAAUCCAGCGGCUGGAGAAGCUGUGCCGGGCACUGCAGACAGAGCGCAAUGACCUGAACAAGAGGGUGCAGGACCUGAGUGCCGGUGGCCAGGGCUUCCUCGCCAACAACGGCCCUGAUCAGCAGCCAGAGACUGCCCCUGCCGCCAAAGAGCAGGACGGGGAGGGGCCCAGGCCCCCAGCCCCCAGCUCCCCACAGGCCACAGAAGCUCCUUGCUGCCUGGGAGCACCAAGCACAGAAGCCUCAGGCCAAACAGGGCCCCAGGAGCUCGCCGCCACCACCACCUAGGGAGCCUGGCACAGGGCACGCUGGGAAGGGAGCAGGCAGCCCAGCCAGGCCUGGCCCGCGCAAGGCUCCCACUGCUAAGCAGUCGAGUGCUGAGGCCCAGGGUGCUGUCACCUGGCUGGCAUCUUGACUGCAGUUCUGGAUUUUAUGGGUCACUUUUUCAUAUUUAUGGCAUGUGUGCAAGGCCUCAUACAUUUCUGUUUGUAAGUGUACAAUGGGCUUGCACGGAGGUGGGUGUGUAUAGGUCGACUCAGUGGCUCUUCGUGAGUUGAAGAGUCUCAAAGAGGAGCUGAUAUCACCGCUGUCACAGUGAGCUGGCAGGACGAUGACUUGAGCAUUUUCUUGCCCCACUUGAGACUCAGACCCCUCCCUCCCUGCCCUCAGGGCUCGUGACAAGUGACACACCAGGCCUUGACUGUGUUUCUCUUGUGAGCGGAGCUUGGGCAGCUUUCCUAGCUCCCCCAGAAGCUCUUUUGCUUCUGUUGACCUGGAAAAAGGGGGUCCCUGAGCUGGAGCCCCGGCAGGACACUUAGAACUGGCAGUGAGACUACUUUCCUGCCUAGGACAAGGGCCUGGAGAAGGUUUCUGUGUGGAAUGAUGGCGUGCUGGUAGGGAGCCCGUGGGGUCCCGCUUCCCUGCCCGUUAGUGCCAGGACCAGGCCAGUGAUGCUUCUCAGUAGCCUUAUCAUUCACAGGUGCCUCUCUAGCCUGCACAAAUGAUUGACAAGAGAUCAUCCAAAGGUUUCUUUCUGAAGGUGGUUGGUUUUUCUUCUUUUAUUUUGCACAUGACAGUGUUAUGUUGAGGACCUUCUGGGGUGGGCAAGUGCCAUGGCAGUGGCACCCAGGUGCCUGGCUGCAGUGCCCACCACUCCUGGCACCUUUUCCAUGUUGGUGCCGGGGUCUCCUGUUUGAUGGAAUCAGACUGUAUUAAGAAAAAGGACAGGACCUCUGAAGGUUUCAAUCCCGGGAGGCCACCACCUAUCCCAUCACCACUGUCUCCAUGUCGCAGUUGCUGGGCCCUGACCCAACUGUUCCCCUUGGCUUUAUGACUCUGCUUUCUGCCUAUCUCUGCAGCGUGCUGUCCUUGAGGUUUGCCCAGAUUCUGCCUGGGGAAUAGGACCUGAGGUAUGUCCUCUUGGCACCCCACUGCCAUCAGCUCUUUCUGGCAGCUAGAGGAUAAGAAUGAGACUUGAUGAUUGACAACCCCAGAAAUGACUGCAGAUAUUUGUGGUUCUUCCCUCAGCCACCUCUGUUACGUGCUACACUCUACCACUUCUGCUGGUUGCACACUUUCCAGGGUAUUAGCCAGUCUUUGUACAGAGCAGUUUUCUGCAGUAACAAAAUGAGUCCUAGGUCAGGAAGCAGAACUCAGUUGGGUUGGGAUACAACCCCAUCCCCAGCCAGGCCGCAGCCUCACCGUAGCUGGGGGACCCACAGUCCAAAAGAGACAGAAUGGUAGUAUUUGUGCUUCCUGCUGUAUUUCUUUGAAGAUAGUUUGUUGUCCUGCAAGGCCCUCAUCUUCCACAUGUAGCCUACUCUCUCAGCCCUUAACUUAAAUCCCUCAGUUAAGUUGGUUUUUGAAGAAUGUUAUGUCCUCCUGAAUCAUGUUACUGCUUAGACCAGAGAUGGCAAAUGAAUGGCACACAGUUCCCCUCUGUCCCUGUGGGAGCUACCACUAAAGGGAGUGUUUCCUACUAAUCCCUCAUUUGAGGUACAUCCUCAAGUCUCGAAAUUCCCCUAGCAGCUAGCAUAAGUAUUGAGACCUUGCCAUCCCUGGCUGAGAUACUCCUCUCCUGUGGAGAAGUGUUUCCUAAGAUCCUCCCUUUAAAAAUUCCAGAAUGGUCCCUGGACUUGCCCCUUUCACUUGUGUACCAGGCUGGGAUACACAAGUGUACCAGUCCCAUACAGGAUUUGCUGGGCUGUGGAAGGACAGGGAAGCAGUAGAAGCUUCUGCCUGGCUCUUUAAGGAGAGUGGGAAGGCCAGCAGUGGCUCACAUAAUUCCCUGCCUCACUUCAGCUACCUCUUAAAAGCCCAUGGGGAGGAGAUGGGGUGUUGGGAGCCUAGUGUGGUGGUAGGGAGGUCACAGCUGCACAGCCAGCCUCAGGAUUAAGUCUACCUAUGGCAGGCAGAGUGGCCCAGCUGUGCUUCCCAGGUCAAAAGCACACGCUCCGAGCAGGAUGUGGCCCUUGUUCUCACUCCAGCCAUCUCUGACUCCAGGCCAGGCUGCAGAAGGGGGUACCAUUCUUCCUUUCCCACCAUUGACCAAAUUUUACCAGUCACUACAGCUGCUCUGCUUGUUCUGCUUUCCAAAGUCAGCCCAGGUACCUGGGUGCAUUCUGCACCUGCCAGGUGCCUGGGUGCUGUGCAGGGAAGGUGGCCUUUCUGUGGGUGAAGACCAGCCUUCCUCGCCAGGGCAGAUCUCAUGCACAUGACCUCAGUUUCAGGACCAAGAUCUGUGUUGGUUUCUUAGAUUGCUAGCUUUUCCUCCAGGGACCAGACCAGAUCAGGCAGAGGCACUUAUCUCUGCUGACAGUGAUUUGUGUUCAGAACUGUCCAGCUGAGAGCUUCAUGUACCUGAUUCUGAAAGGUCUCAGCAGCACUUUUUUUUUUUUACUUUUUUCCUUGAGGUUUCUGGACCAUGGGCUGAGCUCAGGCAUUUUCUGUAAGAGAACAUUAUGUCUGAAAAGAUGGUUGUUUUCCCCUCUCCACCCUCUUCCUGGUGGCCCUGCUUAGGGCUGAUCAAGAGGCCAGUGGCAGUGCCCUGGUGUCUGGGAGAGCUGGGCAGGAGGGGGAGGCCUGCUGAGCUGAUUGUCCAGCUGCUACUCCAGCCCUCCCACCUUGCACAGCCAGAGGCAGUCACCCCAGGGACAGCCAGGCACCUGCCUGGGGGAGGGGUGCUGCCUUCUGUCCCUGUAACUGCUUCCCUUAUGGCCCAGCCAGGCCACCCAAACUUUGAAGCUGUGCUGGCAGCUUUUUUUGUCUCCUUUUGGUAUUCACAACUGCCAGGGACUUGAUGUAUUUUAAAACCACGUUAAAUAAAGUCUGUUGCCUUACUUGUUUCU